GGGGGGGGGAGCCGGGGCCCCCGCUGAUGCCUCUUUUCCCGGAGCGUCCUCCCUGAGAAACAGCGGCCGCUGCAGGUUGUGAAAAUGCCGAGCUCUGCCAAAUCAGAACCUUUUCUUGUAAAAUUCAUAAAAUCAAAAGGGAAAGAUUCUGAAUAUUUCACAAAAGCAUAUAAGGCUAUUAAAGAAUUUAAAUCUGAGGACUUUCUGCAGAUGAUACAUGAAGAUGAAGUAUUUAACUUGAAAGUAAAAGACAGCUCACUUUAUAUAUGUGACCCAUUUGAGGGAGAUGCUUACGAUCACCUGAAACAGCUUGGAUGUAGAAUUGUUGGCCCACAAGUGGUUGUAUUUUGUCUUCAGCAACAACAGAGUGUACCUGAAGCUGUACAUCCUGUCUACAGUAUGGUCAUGGCUGAUGUGGUGGUUUCAUGCACCAGUUUGGAUAAGCAAACCAGGGAUGAUGUACAUAAACAAGUACAACUGAUGGGUGGUCGGAUCCUUCGAGAUUUCAACAUCUCGGUAACUCAUCUGAUAGCUGGAGAGGUUGGAAGCAAGAAGUAUUUAGUAGCUGCCAGUCUGAAAAAGAAAAUUUUACUUCCAUCCUGGGUUAAGGCAUGCUGGGAAAAAGCUAAAAAGGGCAUCAUUAGCCUAACAGAUGUGGAUAUGGAGGAGCACCUCUGUCCUCCAUUCCUUGGCUGCACUAUCUGUGUAACUGGGCUGAGUAGCCAGGACAGACAGGAAGUACAGCGGCUUACCUUGGAGAAUGGAGGCCAGUACUCCGGGCAGCUGAAGAUGAAUGAUUGCACACAUUUGAUUGUGCAAGAACCUAAAGGCCAGAAGUAUGAAUGUGCAAAAAAAUGGAAUGUAUACUGUGUAUCUAUCCAAUGGUUCUUCGAUUCUAUCAAGCAUGGUACUUGCCAAGAUGAAAGUAAUUAUAAAGUUGAAUCUGAAACUAAACCUACAGAGGUAGCUCCAAGCACUUCAACUCCAACGAACUUGGGAGAUGCACUGAGCUCCCGACCCCUCUCCGAUGUGAGUCAUAUUUCCAAUAUUAGCACAAGCUGUAUAAAUGAAUCUGCAUUCUCCUCUGCCAUGGCUGCUAAACUUGAAGCUCCUGAUGACCAUCUUGAGGCAAUAGAUAUUGAUCUUUCUGAACUUCCUGAGGACUUGCUAGAUGGAUGUAAAAUCUAUUUGACUGGAUUUAGUGGCAAGAAAUUGGAUAAAUUAAGGCGGAUGAUCAAUUUUGGAGGUGGUAUUCGAUUUAAUCAAGUCUGUGAAGAUGUUACCUAUAUAAUCAUGGGAGAAGAGGAUAAGGAGUUAAAACACUCUCUCAACAAAAUAUCAAACAGGCCGUAUGUGGUUACAGCAAGAUGGUUAGUGGACUGCUUUUCCAAGAAGUGCCUUCUUCCUGUGGAGCAGUAUUUCCAUCCAAGCUAUCAACCUGAUAUUCCGAUACUGCAACGUCCCAGUAUCCAAGCUCAUUUGACUUUAAAUGGCAGUAAGGCACGACGCACAUCCACAGUCAGUCCUGACGGACAGCAGGAAGCAGAUGAUGAUCUCCUGUUGCAGUACCUUGAGAACGACAAAUCUGUAGUUGGAUCUGAAAAUCAAGAUAAAACACGAAAUAACUUGAGUGACACUCUUCACAAAACUGAGUACCAAAACAAUCAGUCAGCAAAUACCUCCAUAUAUGAAACAGAAUCAUGUGCUGAGCAGGGAAUCUUUUGGAAAAAGAAGUUUCUAAUAUUUGGCUUUGCUAAUGAAGAUGAAACCUAUAUGGCUGAAUUAAUUCAGAGCAAUAGUGGAAAAGUGCUGCGGCCCCACACUCGAAUUGUUGCUGACUUUGCUGUCGUGCCUUUAUUAGGCACUCAAGUAGACGCAACUGUAGCAGAAGUCGUUACAAACACAUGGCUGGCGAUGUGCAUUGAUCAGCAACGUAUACUGGCUUCACAGUCAAAUGCCUUAUUCACUCCUAUAUCUGUUGUGGAAGGAAGCACACCAUUGACUAACUGUGUGUUGUCUAUUAGUCAAUUUACUGGAGUUGAAAGAGAUGCACUAUUUAAUAUUGCAGAACUACUUGGAGCACAAGUGCAAGAGUUUUUUGUUCGGAAAGCAAAUUUGAAGAAAGGCAUGCUUGCCAGCACCCACCUGGUCCUACAGGAGCCACAAGGCUCCAAAUAUGAAGCUGCAAAGAAAUGGAAUUUACCAGCUGUGACUGCAUCUUGGUUAUUUGCGUCUGCUCAAUUAGGGAAAAAAGCUAAUGAAAGCAAAUUCUUUGUGGAAAAUGCUAUCAGUGCUGUUGCUGAAAUGAAUCAGCAGAGCAAGGCCUCCAGUGUCGACAAGGUGCAACAACAGACACCUGAGCAUCCCUUAUCCAAACUGAAACGCAUGCAGAGCUCUGUUGUCACUCCACUGGAUAUAAAGAGAUUCCAGAGUAAAGCCUUCCAACUGGUCUUAUCUCAACAAAAUAGAACUGAGACAACAGAAACAAGAGCAGAAGUAGAAGUACCCAGCCAACAGAGAGAAGCCAACUUGCUACUUGACACACCUUCAAAAUUCCUGUGCAAGGACAAGCUGUUCAAGCCAUCAUUUGAUGUUCAGGAUGCAUUGGCUGUUCUGGAAACUCCUAAGAAUCCAGAUCAGCGUAACAGAAAGAUGAGUACUCCACUAUCCGAAGUCAUUGGCAGGAAUCUAAAAGUAGCCCUGGCAAAUAGUACACGGAACACAAUAGUGCAAACAGCAGCCAGUCCACAACUUCAUGUGUCUAAACCAGCACAGGAAGAGACUAAAGUUCUGGCAGACGUAGUAAUUUGUGUGAGUAAGAAGCUUGGUAAGAAACAGGGGGAUUUGAAUGCAAUUGCAGCCUCCCUGGGAGCAGAUUACAGAUGGAGUUUUGAUGAAACAGUAACCCAUUUCAUCUACCAGGGACGGCAGAAUGACAGCAAUCGAGAAUACAAGUCUAUCAAAGAAAAGGGCAUACACAUUGUCUCUGAAUAUUGGCUAUUUGCAUGUGCUGAUGAACAAAAGAAGGUGCCUGAAUCUCUCUAUCCUCACACGUAUAAUCCAAAUAUGAGUUUGGAUAUGAGUGCAAUUCAAGAAACCAGAGUGUCCACACAGACGUAUCUUUCUCAAGCAAGAUGCAGAGAAGAGCAGACUUCUGCCACACCAGAGGCUGAGGAACUAGAAAGCGAAAAUGACGAACAGCUGAAAGUUGGGAGACCUCCCCAGGAUGAACAAAGCGAAGAAUGUGGAGAUUUGACUGAAACUUCAGAAAUGAGAGAGAAUUUCCAACGUCAGUUACAAGAAAUAAUGUCUGCUACAAGAGUAGAGAGGUCAGUAGGGCACCGUGGAGCCAUGUCAAGAGGAGCCUUGGAGUACUCUCCCACAUCAGCUGAUAGCGCAGUUCGUUCUGGACGGAGCAGAGCACUGGAGUCCCUCAGGCGCUCACAUUCAGCAGUUGCGGAAAUCAAUACAGAGCCAUCACAGAAUGAGCAGAUUAUCUGGGAUGAUCCAACAGCCAGAGAAGAGAGAGCCAAACUAGCCAAUAACAUGCAGUGGCCGGGCAGCCCCUCUCAGUACUCUGAGCAAUUUCAGAAAAAUACAGAGCAAGUGGAGGAAAGAAAUGCAAAACACAAAGACUCUUUAACUGAUUCAGAAAUUGCUGCAAUAGAAAUUCCUCAGUGUCUUCCUGUAACAAAUGGUGACAUUCUGAUGAAGGAUGAUCGUCUCACCCCUACACCUCAGGCUCCUAGUAUAGCAUUUCCACUGACAAAACCACCUGUGGCACCACAGCCUAAAGAACAGGUUGCUGCUGUUGACAGUAAUACUAAAGAAACACAUGUUCAGCGCAGGUUCCAGUUAUCCUCAUUGAACCCUCAGGAGCGGAUUGACUACUGCCAUCUUAUUGAGGAGUUAGGUGCAGUAGUGUUAGAUAGACAAUGCUUUGACCCAUCCUGCACGCACAUCAUUGUUGGGCAACCAUUACGUAAUGAAAAAUACUUGGCUUCGAUGGCAGCUGGGAAAUGGGUUCUUCAUCGAUCGUAUCUCGAGGCAUGCAGAGCUGCUGCCAAAUUUAUCCAGGAGGAAAAUUACGAAUGGGGCAGCAGUUCCAUCCUGGAUGUGUUGCCUGGAAUUAGUGUCCAACAGAAGAAGCUUGCAGUGGCAGCCAUGAGAUGGAGGAAAAACCUGGAGUUGCUAAGACAAAGGAAUCCAACUGCUGAGAUUGGUGCAUUUACUGGUUGGAAAGUUAUUUUAAACUUUGAUCAUGCCAAGGAGGCAGGUUUCAGGCGUCUUCUUCUUUCAGGUGGAGCCAGGGUACUUCCUAAUCAUUUGUUACCUGAAUACAAAGAUGCCACUCAUCUGUUCGCUGACUUCAGCAAACUAAAACCAGAAGAUCCGAGAGUGAAUUUGGCUGAGGCUGUUGAACAUAAUGUGAUGUGCCUCAAACCAGAAUACAUUGCAGACUACCUCAUACAGGAACAUCCUCCUCCAGUUGAGAAUUACUACCUAACUGCUGAGUCUGGGAUGGGAACUCGUAAACGGAAAUCAUCUGGAGAUGAUUCUGAUCCAAGAAAGUGUAGAAAAAGUUGAGGUUCCUUCAAGUCUGUGAUUUAGUUUUAUGAUAAAUGCCAUUAAUAUUGCUCAUUCAAGAAAUGAUUGUUUAAGAAAGGACAGAUUUUCAUGCCACUCCGUUCACCUGCAAUGAUAAAUUCAGUACGUUUUUCAGUGGGGUAUUUGGAAGCUCAAAAACAUGGAACUGAUUUAUAAAAUUAGGCAUCUUAUUUUUGGCUUUGUCAGGUCCAUGUCAACCAAUUAAAACACCAAGCUCCUUCAUUUAGUUAUUUGUUCAAUCUCCUCUUCGGUUUGCUAUUAAAGCAGAAGAUAAAUAUUUGACUACCUUUUUUGAUAGUAUUUUAAAUAAAUAUAUUUGCCUAGAAAA